AAAUUCUUUUCUUUUGGAACUGAUGGAGACUAACGCACUGAUCCUAGCAUGUUUCACGUUUCUCUUCUGCGAACUAAUCCCGACCAUGCUUUAUGUAUUUAUGGUGCUGACAGACUUUCGUUUAAGGGUGAAAGUUAUGGCCAGCGGACUAUACACGUUAAUAGAAAUCAUCAAGUAUAGUUGUACCCUGCUUUACAAGAAUGAGGUGCGAAACUGUCUAAAAUUCGUUGAAGAAGACUGGCGAAACGUUAUAAAUCCAAGCGAUCGCAUCUCAAUGAUCGAUAGAGUCAGAACUAGCAAACGUCUGAUUAUGAUGUGUGCUAUAUUCAUGUACUUCAGUGGCAUGGGUUUUCGAAUAAUAAUACCUCUGUCAACAGGAAAGAUCAUUACUUCUGAAAAUAUCACUAUCAGACCAUUACCUCACGUUGCCUAUCUCGUUAUUCUUGACGUGCAAAGUAGUCCAGUUUACGAAAUCGUGUAUUUCAUACAAUUUCUAUCAGGGCUUAUAAAGUAUACGAUUACUGUAACAACAUUUGGUUUUAUGACACUUUGCGCGAUGCAUUUCUGCGCGCAGUCAGACAUACUUGUGACUUUAAUGAACGAUUUCGUGAACGAGAAUCAACCUGAAAACUUGAACAAGAGAUUGGCUAUUGUCGUGGAGCGGCAAAUCAGAAUAAGAAAACUGAAAGUUAUGGCCAGCGGGAUAUUUACAAUAAUAGAAAUUAUCAAGUACAGCUAUGCUGUACUUUACAAGAGUCAAGUGAAAAACUGUCUAAUAUUGGUUGAUGAAGAUUGGCGAAACGUUACCAAUCCGAGUGAUCGCAUUUCGAUGAUUGACAGAGUUAGAACUAGCAAACGUUUGAUUGUAAUAUGCGCCAUAAUCGUGUAUGUGACCGGAAUGGCUGUCCGAAUGAUCAUUCCGUUGUCAGUGGGGAAGAUCGUUACUUCUCAAAAUAUCACUAUCAGACCACUGCCUCACGUUGCGUAUCUCGUUAUAUUUGACGUGCAACGUAGUCCAGUUUAUGAAAUCGUUUAUUUCAUACAAUUUCUAGCAGGACUUAUAAAGUACACGAUUACGGUGACAACUUUUGGUUUCAUGACACUUUGCGCGAUGCAUUUUUGCGCGCAGUCAGAUAUACUUGUGACGUUAAUGAAUAAUUUCGUGAAUGAGAAUCAACGGGAAAAUUUGAACACAAGAUUGGCAACUGUAGUAGAGCAUCAAAUCAGAAUAAGGAACGACAUUAUACCUGGUGUCCUUUACUGGUUGAUGGCAGAAACGGCGCGUGUUCGACUGCAGACGAUCCCUCUUCUCCUCUACGACUUCAUGUCUGUCAGUCAAUACGGCAUUUUCAUAUUUCGCUAUGAUAAACUCAGGCGAUGUUUGCAACAUAUCGAGGAGGAUUGGAAAAAUGUUCUCAGCGUAGACGCACGGAAUAUUAUGCUGAAAUCUGCGAGAACGGGCAAACGCUUGGUCACGAUCUGUGCAAUCUUCAUGUACAGCGGCGCUUUUACCUUCCGAACAAUUUUGCCGUUGUUCCAGGGAAAGAUCGUCAUCGAUCAGAACAUCACGAUAAGACACUUAGCCUGUCCGGGUUACUUCUUUUCCCUCGACGUACAAGUCAGCCCUGUUUACGAGACGGUCUUUGUAAUCCAGUGUCUAACAGGAUUCAUUGCAGUUUCGAUCGUGACAUGUGCAUGCGGUCUCACCGCAAUUUUUGUAGUACAUGCUUGUGGCCAAUUGAAAAUCUUAAUCGGCUUGAUGAGAGAACUCGUGCAGAAACAAUGGCAAGAGGAACGUGAAAUGGAUAUGAAGCUAGCUGAGAUAGUUGAGCACCAAACAAGAGUGCGCAAAGAAAUGUCGCAAAAUAAGCAUCAUCAGAACGAUAUUUUGUAUAUUACGCAACCAACUCGUAACAUUCUGCUCGCACUUGGUGCUUGGCCCUCCAUCAAUAAAGGAGAAUCCGUACACUCGAAGGUUCACAAUCUCUUGCUAAUCUUUAUGUCCUACACUCUCCUCUUUUGCGACCUUAUACCCGGUAUCCUUUACUGGUUGAUGAAGGCAUCAACGCGCGUCCGACUGCAGAUGAUUCCUCUUCUCCUUUACGACUUCAUGUCCGCCAGUCAAUACGGCAUCUUCAUAUCUCGCUAUGAUCAACUCAAGCGAUGCUUGAAGUACGUCGAGGAGGAUUGGGAGAAUACUCUCAGCGUGGACGCACGAAACAUUAUGCUGAAAUCUGCGAGGACGGGGAAACGUCUGGUUACGAUCUGCGCAUUUUUCAUGUACAGUGGCGUCAUUACCUUCCGAGGAAUCUUACCGUUGUUCCAGGGAAAGAUCGUCAUUGAUCAGAACGUCACGAUAAGACGCUUUGCUUGUCCGGGUUACUACUUUUCCCUCGACGUACAAGUCAGCCCCAUUUACGAGACGGUCUUUAUAAUCCAAUUUCUAACAGGAUUUAUUACAGUUUCGAUCGUAACAUGUGCAUGUGGCCUCACAGCGAUUUUCGUAGUACAUGCUUGCGGUCAAUUAAAAAUCUUAAUCGGUUUGAUGACAGGACUCGUACAGAAAGAAUGGCAAGAAGAAUGUGAAACGAAUAAGAAGCUAGCUGAAAUAGUGGAGCAUCAAAUAAGAGUGCGCAAACUUUAUUUCACAAAUACGCAGUGGAUUACGUUAUUUAUAGCAUCAAGAGAUUGGCAAACUAGGAAUAUAGGAACUCUAUGCUCUUAUUUGAUAAGCAUUAUAAAUGUGAUAAUUCACAUGUUUCUAUUUUGUUAUACUGGUGAACAGCUUACCGGCCAAGCGGAAAAGGUAGCCAUUACAUCUUGCGUGCUGGAGUGGUAUCGUCUUCCGGAUAAAAAAGCGCGUAGCGUUAUAUUGCUGAUUAUUAUGUCUAACAUGCCGACAAAGAUCUCUGCUGGACAGUUCAUCGAUCUCUCGCUCAAAACAUUUGGUAAUGUCAUGAAAACAGCUGGGACAUAUUUUAAUAUGCUCCGAAGUGUAAUCGAUUAA